AUGGCGCUCUAUUCAGGCGACGCAGGGUAUUCCAAUACAAUUGACCUUUUGGAUGAUGAUGUAAGUUCUAAUGAUGAAGAUAAAAGAAAAUCCGAGUCAGGAACCCAAACAAAAUGUUCACGUAAUAAAGGUAAAAAGGUCCAUAGCGCUGCUACGCUACGUACAUCUCUUAGCAGCGGACUGAAGCACAUUAUAAUACCAACACAAAAAAUGAAAAAGAGACGAGUAAAAUUGAUGAACUGGAAACGAUAUCACAAGUUAAGCGUUAUAUAUUCAUUCAUGGAUGAUUUAGAAAGAGACUAUCCCGCAAUAUGUACCGUUUCUGUCAUUGGAAAAUCUGUGGAAGGCAGGGAUAUCAAGAUGCUGAAAAUAUCAAACAGCGAUGCAACUAACACGUCUGUGUGGCUCGACGCGUCCAUACACUCACGGGAGUGGAUAAGCACUGCUGUAGUGACAUAUCUAGCUGAUGUUAUAGUGAGAAACUUUCACCAUCAUUCCACAUCUAUUACAAAUAAGGAUUGGUACAUUGUUCCCGUGUUGAAUCCUGACGGCUAUGAGUACACACAUACACGUGAUCGCAUGUGGAGGAAAAACAGAGCUUGCUACGAGGGCGAGUGUGUGGGCGUCGAUCUUAAUAGGAAUUUUAGUUAUGGUUGGGGCAAUAACGGAGACCAAGGGUCAUCAGGUGAUCCAAGUAACGUGUUCUACCGGGGCCCAGCGCCCUUCUCAGAGCCAGAAACGGCCGCCGUCAGAGACACAAUACUAGGCGCCUCCUCUCCGUUCAAAGUGUUCCUGUCCUUCCACAGCUACUUCGAGCUGAUAAUAUUCCCGUGGGGAUACAAGUGUGAGACGUGCCCUGACUACCUGCAUUUGUUGGAGGCCGGCACGUCGAUGGCAAGGGCAAUUUAUGAUACCUCAGGGAUGAUUUACAAGGUGGGCAGCACGAAGGAUCUCACAUAUUUUGCCUGUGGUACCAGCAUAGACUGGAGUUAUGCUAUAGCAAAGAUACCAUAUUCCUUCAUGGUAGAACUCAGAAGCAAGAAACACCGGUUCCGAUUACCUAAGGAUCAAAUAAGCGAGACCUGCUUGGAAAUUUGGAAUGCUGUGAAAAAUUUGAUGGAGUUUAUCGAACGAACGAAGACAAGAAAAGCGACAUUUAAAAAGAAACAUUGA